AUGACGAACCAGUUCCCCCACUCCGCAUAUAUGCAAAAAUGUAUCUCUCUCGCUGAACAAUCCCCACCACGCCCAACAAACUUUCGCGUGGGAGCGAUUCUUCUGUCUCGCAAGAAUGAUGACUCUACAGGUGCCGAGGACCGCAUCCUCUCCACCGGUUAUACCAUGGAACUAGCAGGCAACACACAUGCUGAACAAUGCUGCUUCUCCAACUUUGCCGCUGUACACAAUGCCUCUGAAGAUAAUGUCGCCUCAGUACUCCCCGAUGAGCCAGACCGCAAGCUCCUGAUGUACGUCUCCAUGGAGCCGUGUGGUAAAAGACUGUCGGGAAAUACCCCGUGCGCCCAGCGUAUUGCACGGACUCGCGAGGGAGGACGGCCCGGGGUACAUAAGGUGUUUUUUGGGGUGAAGGAGCCGGAGACCUUUGUUGGCGAGUCGGAGGGGUGUCGGAUGCUGAGUGCUGCGGGGAUUGAAUGGGAGCAUAUUGGCGGGUUUGAACGGGAGAUCUUGACGGUUGCCACGGCGGGUCAUGAGAAUAGUGAAGCCGAGGUCAAGGCUGCGUUGGGAGAAGAUCGACAGGAGACGAAUGUGGACGAUAUCAGUCCGGAGGAGAGACGGCGGCAAGAGCAGAUGCCUCGAAACCCCAAGAAGAGAAUGAUGGAAGGGGAAACAAUGAUUUACUAG